UGGUAGUGCAGUUUAACGAUCUUAAUUGGAGUGUUAGGUCAGUCGAGGUUCGAUUAUCAUCGACGACCGUAGUGUGACAGUGAAUUUUCUGUUACAGCAUCGUUGACCGUGAAAGGGAGAAAAUAGUUGUGCAUUUCUUUGCCUGUUUCUAGAGUGAGAGAAGAGGGGCCUGUUUGGUUCAAGUAGUGUAUAAAGAAAGUUGAUUGUGAUUGCGACGCUGGCAAAAACGAAGAAGAUAGUGUUCUAAGCAGUUGUACAACACAGUAUGGCACCAUUACCUUCAGUUCAACGGUUCAUCCAACAUGGUGCGCAUAAAGGCAAGGGAAUUGCCGUCUUCACCAGCGGCGGAGAUUCUCAGGGCAUGAAUGCGGCCGUACGUGCCGUUGUCCGGAUGGGCAUUUACGUCGGAUGUAAGGUCUACUUCAUCCGUGAGGGUUACCAGGGCAUGGUGGACGGCGGUGACCACAUCGUGGAAGCCAACUGGUCCUCGGUAUCCAGUAUUAUUCAUCGGGGUGGUACCGUCAUCGGUUCCGCUCGCUGCAUGGACUUCAAGGAACGAGCCGGCCGCUUGAAGGCCGCCCUCAACUUGGUCACCCGUGGGAUCACCAAUCUGGUGGUGAUCGGAGGUGACGGUUCGCUGACCGGUGCCAACCUGUUCCGGCAGGAGUGGUCCAGUUUGCUGGACGAACUGCUGUCGGCGGGUAAGAUCACUCAGGAACAGCGCACCAAGAACAAGAGCCUGCACAUUGCCGGCAUGGUCGGUUCCAUUGAUAACGAUUUCUGCGGAACGGACAUGACCAUCGGUACGGAUUCGGCUCUGCACAGGAUCAUCGAGGCGAUCGAUGCCAUCGUCAGUACUGCCUACUCGCAUCAGAGAACAUUUAUCAUGGAGGUGAUGGGCAGACACUGUGGUUAUCUCGCGGUAGUCGCCGGCCUGUGCAUUGAGGCUGAUUACAUUUUCAUUCCCGAAGAUCCACCAAAACCCGAUUGGCCCGAAAGAAUGUGCUGUCAAUUGAAUCAGGCAAGAAUCCUCCUGUCUAGCAAGCUCCUAUUAAAAAAAUCAAAUCAUAAUACCAUUAAUGCCGACUUUCGCCACUUGCUUGAAAUUAGUUCCCAAAAAAAAGUAUUGAACCCAUUAACAUCAACUUAUCAGACUUUCGCGUUUUGUUCGGUUUGAUUUUCCAAAUUUUACUCACAUCCCAUUUGUCCACCUCACCUAUCGAAAUCGUCGUGGGUUAUCAAACGACGACGACAUACAUUUUAUGCCGUUUUGUUUGCAAACGCGUGCAGUACCGCUUAUCUCUACCACACUCUCCUUCUCUCGUCUGCGCGCCGCAAUCAUCCGCAUUACCGAGCGAGCACCUUCUAGAGGUGUUCAUCAUACUCAUCAUCACUAGAGAAUCACCUAAUAGAGUGUUAGUUUUCCGUUACCGUGUAGCUUGAUUAUUCAAAAUUUAAAAUCUUCGAUGUUGGCGGUUAGCAAAACUGGUAGCUUCCUUAUCGUCGCCGUUCUCGUCGUCAUCGAGAGUGAAAAGAACACGAUUGUUUGUUUUGUUUCGAAUCCCCCGGUUGUUGGAGCUUUUCUCGGUAUAACCUACCUCUAGUAGAGUCUCGUGUGGCUGUAGUUUGUUUAUUUUAGUGAUUAUAUUGCACAAGGGCACAAUAAAUGCAACUUGCUUCACGUGAUACAUGUGGUGUUGCUUAUCGCUAUCGAGCAGACGACUGAUGCAGAAGAAUGUUACAUUAGUGCACUUGGGGAUGACGAUUGCAUUAUUACGUCUACAUCGAUUGCAAAAGUUCCAAAGGUUGAUUAUAAGCUGCAUUGCUGGAUGUUAUUAGCGGAAUUGUAGGUUCAAAUCAAAAGCCCCAUAAUAUGUGAAUGCUUGGACUACCAAACAACUUUGCCGGCGGUUACAAAGUUUUCAAAGCUAUUUGUACACAUUGACAUGCUCACUAGCACUACCUAGCAGCAAAGUUCCGAAUAACCCUUCAUGUGUAAGCUCUUGGCCAACCAAACAGCUUUGCCGAAGACACCAACUGUUUCAGUAAUCGAGAUCCUGGUAUCAGAUAUCAGUAGGUUCUUCUCCUCCAUUUGGGAAAUUUGUGCCAUGAACACGAGCCUAUUCAUCAUCUACCCGAGCAAGAAGUUAAGGAAUUAGGGAUAGGAACAGGUAGGGGAAUACGAACGUCACCCUAGAAGAGGGUAUUAUCGCAUAAGCGUACCACAAUGGGUUCAAACAGCGCCCUGCGAAGGGCACUAUGAAACGCAUAAAGCGUAAAGAGAGCCUAUAGGUCUUUACCACAUCAGGUUAAGAACAACAGAACAGCGUGAAGAUUCAGCUUUCUUAAGUCAGUUUCACUUAAGUGUUUACCGAAUACUCGGAAACGCAGUUGCGCAAAUGCUACGAAGCCUCC